AUGAUUUUCCGUGCUAUUCAAUCGUCAGAUAUGCUCCCUGGCUGUAAGACGUCCAUUUCUCCUCCUGUUGACUACUGGGAGCCGUUCAGUCCAUUGCAUUACCCUUGCAAAUUUGAUUUGAAGCCUCAGUCGAUGAGGCUUGGCUGCAUGGUGUCAACAACCAUGUCGAGGCCAAACCAGCGGGGCGACUUAUCCUACCCGCACUUUGCCCUCAUCUAUAUCGACCGAGAGGGCAAUUUGCGCCACGAAGCCUCGCGCUCUAUCGCCAAUAGCCGUGAAACCAUUCUAUCUCCACGAGUCACCAAUGAGUUUCUCCGCGCCGUGGCGAGGUCCAGAGAUCCUGGCCCGUCACAUUCUCAGUUUGAAACGGGCGCACCAAUCGCGCCUCACCCAAGACCAACAAUUGAGCAGUCUUCUCUCCAGUCUCAAAUUGGCCAUGUACCGCACAGCACUGAAGUCCGAGGGGUGGAAGGACGCGGUAGAGUGCUGAUGCCUCCCGGGCCUUCAAUUCAACCGACGUUGUGGCCUGGUCAACAGGAACCUUGGCCCACGCAAGCCCAACAGCCUCGAAAGAAGCCCUGGAACGAAGAGUUGAGCCUCAGCAAUCAGAAAGCUACCAUCUCCAUUAAGGAAACAGAUUUCUUGCGCAGUUACUACGAGAAGGUAUUCCAAAAUCUACAACAGACGAAUUGCCGAGUCAUCGCCAAAGCCUACGUCAAGCUCGUGGAACCUCGCAAACAGGUCAACUAUCCCUACAAUGGACGGAAAAUCGUUGCUGGCAGAACCCAACAACUCGAGCCUGAUGCGACCAAACCGCCAUGGUGGCCGGCUGGAGUGAGCCACCGUGAGCCAGACCAUCUUCCCAAAGCUGGUAUUGAGCGCCCCCUCCCAUCCUUCUCCCAGGUUCCGGCUCAGGUUCACAUCCUCUGCGAGUUGCGCGCCAGCAACGGAGUCACCGCCCGAAGACUCAAAGAAGCAGAGCAGCCUAUUCGCCGUCAAAUCUCCCCACCCGAGCGAUUGCAGCUUUUAGAUGAACUAUAUGAUGUGAGAGAAGCGGAGGAAAACUUCCAGGAUGGAGCGACCGAUAUGAAAACUACCGUGUCAAUCUUACGAGCCAACCUCCCUGAUGCGGUGGAUCUCGCUGCCAGCCAGGGUGAGCGCAGCCGAAGAGCUUCACCGAUAGAAGAAGACACUAGUCAACAAUCGAGCCAAGAGAUCCCAAGUGUACGCAGCGGUCAAUUACGAAGAAGCAACAUCCCACAACCUCUACUUUCAUCCGGGACCGAAAUACCAACGAAAUUGUCACCGAACCUUCACCCAGCCGUUCCCAACUCCUCGCAGUAUAUUCAGCAAGAACUUCCCAUACAUUCCAACUUCGAACACACGGCGUCGCCAUCUCCACAAGACCUGAAAAGAAAGCGUCCAAUUGUCGAGUCAGGUCCAGCUUCAAGCACCAGUCCAGCUUCGAUCCCAUUCUAUUCCCCUGUUUUUGUGGGAUCCCAACCCUUCGUACCGGAGACUUUUAAUGACAUCGAAGGUCUACAACAGCCUGGAGUCCCCAAUACUGGGCAAGGAACAGAGCAAUUCGCCGAGAAUAUGGAAAUUUAUGGGUUUCCCUAUUAUUUUGAUAAUUGA